CAGGUUUACACUUUUUUGUCCAGAAAAAAAUAAAUCGCAUAAAAUAAGUAAGGGCAUGUAUCCUUCGUUGAACAACGCAACCAUUCUAAAGAAAUGAUAUCUUAUCGAUCCAUAAAAUAAAAAUUUGGUGUAGCAUUUUCUCUUAGACCUACAAACUGAUUUUGUCUAUGCACUCAUGACAGAAUUUUAGAUCGGGAUCGGUGUUCCGGCAUUUAUUUUUCCCUCAAAAAAUGGCUGCGCCCAUUCGAAACAAUUAUCGCCCUCAAAGUUUUGACCAAAAUGUAAACUUUCGUCCAAGAUAUGAUGCCUCAGUUGGGAGAAAUCCUCGACCAGAUUUUCAAAACUUUAGGCCAAGAUAUCAGGAAAGGUUUGGAGACCCCAGACACAGUUUUGAAACUCCGAGAUGGCAAGGAAACGCGUUGCAGAACCAGCAAAAUAAUUUCCAGCAACAUCCUCCAUUUAGACCAUUUGGACAAGGAUUAUUUAGUCCAUCGAUGCAAAAUAAUAAUAAUGUGUACGAACAGGGUCAGUCGUCUUAUUCACAAAACACCGGACAACAGGAAAAUACGUCCUUACCUAUGUUCUUGGGAAAUACAGACCAGUAUCAAAAUGUAAAUCAGAAUAUUCAGAUGAAUAGUAACAUCAACUUCCAACAGACAAUGCCACAAAAUAACAGUGUUCAAAACUUUCAGAAUACAGGUAUGCAAGUACCUCCACCGUUCUUGGUUUCACAUCAGAAUGCCCCACCCCCUGUUCCAAAUCCUAUGCAGUUUUCAGUACCCCCUCCCCUUCACCCAGGUCAGCCUUUGCUACCACCUAAUUUUGGGUCAAGCAGUGCCCCAUUUCAUGAACAAAAGACAGAUGUAGAUGAUGCUAGUGUGGGAAAACAAUACCUUGAUGCUUGGCUGAGAAAAAGACAAAGGAGAAAUGAGGAUAUAGAAGACACCUACACUCAUCCUGCUCAAGUAUCUUCUUCUAUUCACUCAUUACAAUCCAAGAUGAGGCGAAUGAUGUUACUGAUGGCACAGCUACAACAGGAAACCAGUGUCUUGUCCGACUUGGGAACUCAAGCUUCAGAUGAAGUCUGGGAUGAACAGAAACAAAAGACAGAGGCCUUAAAGAAGGAGCUUGAAAAUAUACAUAAAGAAUUAAGUGAGGAGAGUACAGUUGACACAGUGAAACAAAAAGUAUUAAAGCAGAGGAAAAAAAGGGAGAGGCUGAAAAGAAGGAGACAAGAAAUAUAUGAAGAAAAGCAGAGAGCUGAAGAACAGAGGAAUAAACUACAUGCAGAGAUUGAUGCAUGGCAAGGGGAAAUAAGGAAGAAAGAAAACGAGAAAAGAGAGGCCAGGGAAUUGAAGAAAUCAGCAGAUGCCAUACUGAACGAAGUCCGAAAGAAGAUAAAUGAUGUAACAAAAACCAUGGACUUAUUAAAAGGAAUCCAGAAGCUUCGCAAAUUACGAAGCGACAGACUCAAACAACAGGGUGUCCACACAAACCCUGCUAGUGAUGAGAAGUUUAAAGAAGUUAUGGAUGAACAGUUUGAAACAGUGAAGAAACAAAAGGACAUUUAUUUAGCUGAAGAGAGGGCCUUACGGGUAAUGCUAGAAACUGAACAUGAAGAAAGUAAGGAGAAAGAGAGAGAGCAACAGGAGAAAUUGAACAAAUUGAAAAAGGAACGGGAAAACAAGAGAACAGAGGAAAUUCUGUUUGGGAAGUCUGAGAGCUUUUCUGGAGAGGACCCGAUGCUGCCGUUUCACCAGUAUUACAAUCAAGCUAACUACAAUUACGACUCAUUCAUUCAAAUCCGAUGUGACUGGGACAGAUUUGUCGUACCUGACAGUGCCCCAGGAGGCACUCGGAUACCCACCCACUUUGUGACCCCGGCGGAACCGUCAUCAGACCAGUGGGCCAGUGCUUUGAAGGACAGUUGACUCUCAUUCUCGUGC